AGAUAUGUUUAUCUCCAAGUACAGGGUUGAAUUGAAUAAAUUCCAAAGAAGAUAAGAUCCCCAAAGACCCCAAUUUCUUAUCCCGUGCGAGCGUCGUGGCCAUGGUAACUGCUGCCGCUGUGCAGUGCGGGCAGACCGGUGGUUGCGCCGCCGCGUUUUACGCCUCGUGGGCUGCCUCUGCCCGGGCUGAGGACCGCGCUGCCGCACGCCGGCCUAUGGCCGCCGCCGCGGAGCCGCGAGACACCGCGUUUGCUGUCGGGCGUUGCCAUGCCGGGCACCGGCCGUUGGCCGCUGCCGCCGCUGUGCUUUACGCGCCUGGCCGCCUCAUCGAAAAAGAUGCAGGCCCGGAGUGCAUCCUCCGCCACGCCGGGGCCGUGGUCCACGGCCGCCUCGGGGUGCAGCGCUGGGAGCAGCCGGGCCGAAGGAUGUCGCCACUCCGCGAGGAGCCUAGCCAAGGGAAACAUCGUCCGGGCCAUGGGUCGUUGCCGAAGUUUGCUUUGGAUGGCAUUAAAAACGAUGCCCUAGAGGGCGCCGCACCAGAAGAGCGGUCGCCGCUCGACGCCGAUGGGUACUGCGGGCGCGAGCACCGCGCUUGAGAGUGGCCUCGCCGGGCCGUCCAUGGUCUGACAUAGACACGCGCCCGAGGACUCUGUUGUCGGAGAGCCACGCGUCGGCCGUGUCUCUGCCUCCAGAUGCGAGAGAGCCGCCUCGCUGCUGUUUCCCCUUCGCUUUCUUCUCUGCGGCCAAAUCACUCUCGGUUACGAGCGUGCUGAUAACUGUUAAAGUAAACUGAUUGAGAAUGAAUCUCUGAAUUCCAUUGA